UUCAAUAAUAUUUAUUGAAUUUUAUAAUGUAAUAUGACUUGUUUGUGCGUUUACGGCGAUUGUUAUUUUGUUCGUGUCAUUUAUUAGUUUAGAUAUUUAUUAAUUUCGAGUCUCUAUUUUUGCGUAUCAAGAAUUUUAUUGCACACUCUCCAAAAUAAUGUUCGUAUAUUGGAUCUCUAAAUAAUAAACACGAAACCGAACAACCGAAACACGCCACACCUGUGCAACGAACGGAAUACAUUAAUGAAUCCUUCUUCACCUGACUAUCGGUCACCUGAGUCACUUCCUGUCGGCUCUGAAAAGCCUCCCCCUCUCCUCGGUAAAAUUUAAAAUCGCCGAUACAAUUGCGUCCCGCGCAUCCGCUGUCGAGAUGUAAUCACAGAACGAAAACCUGUCAUUGUCGUUGCGCGUUUACAGAGAACAGCGAAAGUUAAAACAGUGAACGUCUGUCUGUCGUAUAAUUCCUUCAUAUUUAUUCGUACCUAUUUGUGAUUUAAUAAAUAUAAAAUUCACGAUUGUAUAAAUUAAUAUCAAAUAUAAAUUAAUAUCAAAUAUGUAAAAAUAUAUGACUGUGUCAAAGAAUAUGGGAAUUCAAAGAAGAAAAGAAAGAAUAUAUAAUUAUUAUUGAAAGCUGCAACAAGUGUAAUUAGAAAAACGGUUGUAUAAUUACAUUCUUAUUAAUUUUUUAUCGCGUCAAUAACAUAGUAAAUAAAAGUUUUCUCUUCGAAUGAUUGCACUAUAAAUAGCACAAAUAUACGGUUCGGUGAAGUGGAAGAAAGGAAGAUAAAAGCUUGGUAGAAGCAGGCCGAUGCAAGGUGCAACACGUGCUGCUCGACAGCUGUUUUCCGGUUGAAAUUCAGACGUUAAGUCCAAUUUUAAUUUCGCGCCCGGGCGCAUCUUUAAAUAGCAAUAAUUACAAUAUGACAGGGGGUGAAUCUCCCACGUCUGUCAUAGACUCGCAGUGUCAUUCAUCGAAAUUCACGGUUUAUUCGCGUUUAUGAAAGUCGCAUUUCGAGAUACACGCAGGAGGAAGUAAAUCAUCAUAAGAAUUACAGAUGUCUUGUUUCGUAUUUAUUGUUCAACGAUCGUAAGAGCUUUGAACAGCGCAAGGGAAUAAUGCAUUCCGGAUCGAUGAAUAUUAUUUGCAGAUAGUCCGUUAUUCCUGUCCAAUGUAAGAAAGGAGGAAAAGAAAAGACAAAAGGAGAAACGGAGGAAGCGAUAAAUUUCGCGUUAACCACCAAGCUGAUUUAACUGAUCGUCAUGGAAAACGAGGACUUUGGUUUCGCGAGAAGGUCCGAUAACGUUCUGAGAAUGAUUCACACUGUUAGCAAUGAACAAAUGCACGACAAUAAUACAAUUCGUAACGACGAGCAACGAAUCUGUUCUUCAUCUAAGACGUCGGAAGUCGGUGGUGGUGGAUCAACGACUUCAGCGCCUCCGAUCAGGGCCGGAAGCGAGGGUCGUGAACGCGCCUCAACCGCCGCCGGCUCAGUCGUUCCCGACACGCCGAACAUACCGAACGUGGUGGAGUAUCAUCUUAAAGUCAAGCCUAGAUCAACGACGAGACACUGCCGGCACGAUAACAUUCCUAGGGACCAGUCUUUGGAAGAAAUGAAGAAGGAGAAGAUUCCGGUAUCCUUCGAUGAUAAGAAGAAAGAUUUUGUAUCAAAGCUAUCGCGUUUGUCCAUCGACAAUAAUGUCUUUGAAGGAUCCACCGAUCUGCCGCAAGUGUUUCAGGUGAAAUAUUUGGGAUCCCACGAUGCAAGAGGCCUCUGGGGCAUCAAGCAUACGAGAAGGCCCGUCGAUAAUAUGGUUUCUGCUGCAAAGGCCUUGCCGACUAACACAAUGCUUCCUCUUAUCAAACUGGUGGUCUCUCAGGAAGGAGUUACCUUGCUGCCGAUAGAUAAGAGGAAGCAGGAUGCCAAUUCCAGGAUGUAUCCUAUCGAGACGAUCUCCUAUGGUGUGCAAGAUCUCAUUUACACUAGGGUUUUCUCUAUGAUUGUUGUUCGCGAAACGGAGAACUUCCGAAGGAUCUCGCCGUUUGAGUGUCACGGUUUUGUUUGCGAGUCCAAGUAUUAUGCAAGGCAAUUAACAUACGCUCUCGCAACAGCCUUUGAAAUGUACUCUAAAACCGUGAAGGCUCAGGAGAAACUGGCCGAAGUUACCGGGAAUAACACCGCCAGAAAGAGAUUCGCGAUCGAUCUGAGAAGUCCCGAAGAAAUCGAAGCGGAUCUUACGAUGGAUUCCGAGGCGUAGCUUGAAAAGUCUGUCUGUUAUUUAAUGGACUAAAAUAUGAAUAAGUUUGAAUUUUUAGUCAGAAAAUUUUGGGGAAUCUUUGAUCUACGUAAAAAGAGUUGAAAAAGAAUUCAAUGUAAAUCUGUGGAAUUGAAAUCGUCUUCGAAAAAUUCGGUUUAGUUUUAACGCAAUAUAGAAUAAGUAAUUAUUUUAUAAUCCGAAAAAUAUUUUUUGAAAAGAACAAUACACACGCACACAGACACACACACACACACAUACACACAGGAUAAAAAAUAUAGAAAUGUUAGAUUUUCAAAUAAAUAUCACUAUUUCUUUUGUUGCAGAAGAAUGCAUUUAUAUUAAGUUACUAAUUAUUUUCUUUUAAAUACUCUGUACAGUUUUAUAACGCUUUUAUAAUGUUAAUGUUUUUAUUACGCUUGUUGUUUAAAAAAUUUACAUAAAACUAUAUAUUUUUUACAAUGAAAGCAUUAAUUUUACGACGCACAUACACACACACACACACAUACAUAAUAAAAAGAAGAUUUAAUAUAUAUUUUUUAUUGCAUGGAAGAUUUAUUGAAGAGAAUACGUAUUUAGUAAUUAUAUAUUUUUAAUACUAAUAUAAAAAAGCUUUUUAAUAAGUUUAUAUGUAAAUAUUCGUAGAUACAAUUAGACUCAUUAUAUUAAGUAAAUAAUUGUAUAUAUUAAGUGCAACAUUUUUUACUAAUAUCUCGAGCGUAACACUUCUAUUUAAUAUAUAUUAACUUGUUCGAAGAGAGAUAAUUCGUUACAUUAUGAAAAAUCAUGUCUUAACUUAUACAUCUUUUUUAAUAUGGACGCAGACGUUUUGGAUUUAUAUUUGUUUAUUUACUUUUCUAAAUUGUAUUUAUAUGUACAUUACGGAAUCGGUAUUCCAAUACAAAAACAAGAAAUAUUUAUCGUUAGAGUGUUGUUAUGUGGAUAUGAGUGUUCUUGUACAAUUGUUGCUUAUUUUAUUAUUUUAUCGGCAUUGUGAAAAGCUAGAGAUAGGCUUCGCCUAUCUGAGAUGAUAGCUAGAUAUCCAAAGAUAUCGAAUAGAAAAAAAUGGAACGCGCGGGAGUUGUGGAUGAUGUUUCAAGCGUCGCGACUUGUGCGAUUUCACGAAAAUUUUACGACGAUGAUCGAUGAAUCGGACGACGAUUUUGGAUUUACUUCUUAGCCGUUUUACGUGUGCAUGUGUGUUUCUAGUUUAAGUUCAAUAUUUCAAAACUACAUUCUAAUACGCGCGAAAGCUAUAUAUAUAUAUAAGCAACAGGAAAUUUUCUGUUAUUAUUUAAUGCGUUUUUAUAUUUUUUAGUUAUUUUAUACUAAGUUCACAAGAGACCAAUAUCGACACAUAUCAAUGUAAAUAUGUUGUGUUGUCAGCAACACUUUCUUAUCGCCGUGUAUAUAUUGCUUUAUUUCAAUUAGUAAGUUUUUCUUUUUUUAUUACGUUUGCGAGACUAUCCCGUCACGAUUCUUGUGCACUUUAGGCUUGGGACAUUCGUGUAACGCUUUUUCUUGUAUAAUCAUGGUCUUGUACUCUAGAUAUCAGUAUUAAACGAUUAUAUUUGUUGGCCUUUUA